CCCUUUGAAACAAUGCAAUUUUCGUCAAUGGAAUUUAUAAAAAUAGAUUACAUUGAGUAAAUCGAUAACAGGCCGAUAAUUUAUUCAUGUUCGAGCUAUUGUCAGCUGUGGCAUACUACUGUCCAUACUACUAACAUUCCUGCAUAUUCUUUGAUUUUAAAUUAAACGGAGCUGAAAAUUAAACAAAUUGAAUUGAAAUGUUUCGGCAUUCAUAAGAGUAUUUUCUGCUUUAGUGGAAGUGCCUAUAGUGCCUAUUUAAAAAAUAAUAGAUUUAAAAAAUAUGUACACAAUAUUUUAGUACUGCAAACAGCGAAUAGGGUUUGCACAAUGUCGGGUCUUAAAAGACGGGAAGCUCCUCCACAAGCAAUUGGAGAUACUAGUGCAAAACGUAGGCGUCGCUGCCUGACAAUAGAAGAUAAAAUAAAAUUACUGGAUCGUUUGAAAGCGGGCGAACGCCCAAUGGAUAUAAGUCGAGACUGUGAAAUCAGCGAUAGUACUAUACGUUCCCUGCUGCAUUGUGAGGUCCAGUUGCGCAAAUAUGCCGAACAGUGUACGAAAAAUACCUAUCGUUCCGCUGCGUAUAUUCCACGAGAUGAAAUACUAGAAAAAAUGGAGCAGCAAUUAUAUGGGUGGUAUGGAGAACAGCGUCAACAAGGAGGAGCUCAAACUAUUUCCAGCAUAUGUGCCAAAGCAAGGGAAAUUUACACAGAAUUGAAGAAGAACAAACAUGACACAACAACAACGCAUAACCACCAGAAAAUAAAGGCGAGCGAAGAACUGCAAUUUGAAUUUCGUGAAUUCAAAGCCAGCAAAAGCUGGUUUAUGAAAUUUCGUAAACGAUAUAAUUUAGAGUUUCGCUCUAUCUUCGAAUCGGAAAGUGUUGACUUCUCAGCGGUCAUUGCAUACCCAGCAACAUUCGCAGAGCUGGUGCAAUGUGCUGGUUAUCAGCCACAUCAAGUGUUUACUGCCGUUGAGUUCUCAUUUGCAUGGAAACGUAUGCCCAACAGAACUUUCAUUGCGAUAACGGAUAAAUCACGCGAUAAAGUUGGCUAUGAUCGAAUAAGUUUGCUUUUCUGCAGCAAUGCGGAAGGUAAUUUUUAUGUCAAACCAAUGUUAAUUCAUAGGAGUAGAACACCUUACUGCCUACGCACGACAAAAAUUAGUGAAUUACCCGUAUUUUGGCGUUCGCGAGGACGCCACUCCCAGGGUUUGCCCAAAGUGACACCGUCACAUUUUCACGAUUGGUUAACACAGUGUUUCACCCCAACAGUACGCAAUUAUUUGCAAGUUAUGGAAAUGCCUGAACAUUGUUUGCUUUUACUAGGUAGUAAUUUGAAGCAAAUGGUGCUGCCAGCAUACGACGAUUCGUUUUUGCGUGUGGAAUUCUUGCCUCCAAAUACAUCACAAUUAUUACAGCCACUUACGCAAAGUUUAUUACCGAUAUUUCAGUGCAAAUACCUACGAAGUUUUCUGGCACAUUUAGUACAUCGUUUGGAAGUGAAGACUGAAGCGAAUUUGUACAAGGCCUGGCAAAAGUAUUCUAUUGCUGACGCAAUUGAUAUUAUACAAGAGUCUUUAGAUGACAUCAGUGUUGAUUGCUGGAAGAGUGGCUGGCAUCGACUUUGGCCAGAGAUUGUGCGUGAACCUUUCUGCGAUUCGCAGCUUACCGACGAAGUUACACACAUUGCUAUUAAUGGCAGGCAAUUACCAGGAAAAGGUUUCGCUGAUAUGACCAUUGAAGAUAUAAAGCAACAUUUAAAACUCGAAGACGGCAGCGAAUGCGCGGAAAAACAGGAACGAAAUGAGACGUCAAACGAAACUGAUGCAGGUGGCUUUGAGAAAUUAUGCACGCAAACGUUAGCCAUGCCAUCAGAACCGGUAGAUUCAAAUGAAAAUGAUGAACUCAUCAGCUUCUGCUCAGAGCAGGAUUUGCAAUCGGAAGGUACUGACAUUUCUGCGGAUAAGGUUACAAAAGAAUCGAAUCACAUUAUCAACGGAAUGCCAGUACAUAUUGAUAACGCCGACAAUGAAAAAAUCAGUGGAUUCGAGUCUGAAGAAGAAGCUGUUAUUGAAUUUCAUCAAACUGAAGGUUUUAGUUUGGAUGAAAAUAGCCAGAUUACCGAAAUGCCGAUGCAACAUGCCAAAAUACAUGAAGAAAAACAUGGGGAAGCACGCAAGCAAAUACAACUAAUAAACAAGGCCUUUAAUUUAACACAAGAACUAUUAGAAAUCUUAAGGCCAAUAGAGACGAGCGCGAGCUGCUCGGAUUUCGCCAAAGGUUUGGAUACACUAAUGCUGCCUUAUAAGGAAUUAAAGAGAAAAUUGCUACAACCUAGCAUAAAAGACUACUACAAUGCAGGAUCAUCCCGGCUACUAUAUGCCUAAAUACAUGGCGUGGUUGAAAACUACAUAGUAUUGUGUAUAUAUCGUUUUUUCUACACUUCUUUCCACAGAAUAUAGGAAAACAUGUUUGAAAAAAUGUGAAAUCUCUUCCAAACGUGCCAGUGAAUGUCAGCCAUCCCACCACCGCAUUCCUGUGUACUAUAAAAGUCAAUAAAAAAUUGUCGUGCUCUGGAGAUCUUUUGGGUGUACCCGAAAGCCUGGAUCUCUGAAGAAAUUGCUUUAAAAAUCUCUUCAAAAAAAUAUCUAGCGAACAAAUAAGAAAUUUAAUUAUUUCAAAGUUCUUCAACGUGGACUUAAUACGAAAGUUUUAAAAGUGGCGUUUUCCAGGCAACGGUGUUAUAACUACAAAAUCGUUAUCAAUUAUUUUAUACUUAAAAAAGGGUAAAAUAUAAAUGCGCAUACAUAAAUGAAGAAAAAUGUUGUGGGUAUUAUAAACAAGCGCAUGCAUACAGGCCGUGCGAUACCAAAUCAGAGCUGUAAAAGCCAAAAAAAAGCAACCUGGCCACACACUUGCUGGCGUUGCUUGAAUGAAGAAAUGAAUUACCAAUUCAAAUGCAAGGAAAUGCCAUCAAAUUAUUCAAACAAGUCAAGAGAUACAAAAUAAAAACCAACACGCUAUGGAAAAGAAUUACAAACAGAUGUUGUCAUCAAAAUGAUAAUGAAAUGUAAUGCAAAUGAGCUGGGUGGUCUGUCUGAAUUCAACAACUAACAGACCUUGACCGCCAGCUAAGAUCAGGUUAUUGCACUGCUGAAGAUCUGUGACAAGUGAUUUUAGUGUGCGAAGAAUAAAUGGGCGAAUAUAAAAGCACGCGCAAUUUUAUUUUAUAAAAAGAAAAACUACAUGUUAUAAUGUAGGCGAAAUAUAGAAUGCGGUAUACGUAGUGCCAGCACUUACAUAUGUGCAAGUGUGAGUGCGGAGAAAGUGACAAAUCCAGCGAAACUGCGCCAAUAAAUAUUUUGCUUUUUAUUGUUAUAUGCACAACUUUUCUAUGGUAUUUAUAUUAUUUUUAAGAACUAUGACGCUAUUCAGUCAUAAAAAUGUGUAUUAAAAAAUAUGUAAAAAAACAACUGUAAAAAUGGAAAGCGAAAUGUGUUUCUUAGUCUUGUUGCAAGCUUGCUGUUGCUCCUAUAUUGUUAUUUAUUUUUGGUUCUGUUAUUUAUUUUUGUCUUUUACGACUCACUUAUGGAAUUUUGCAGCAUUUCAAUCGCUUUGAGUUCAAUAAGCACACACUCACAUAUAUACAUAUACACAUGCAUUUCUAAGAAAAUAAUUGUUACAAUUUCAUGGUAAAAGCCGGUUUUAGGUACUGGCAUAAACUACAGCAAACAAAUAAAAAUAAAAUAAAGAAUGUAGUGCUCGUGCAAGCGAAUACUAGUGUUUAUGUGUUCCAACGCACUACUUGGCGGUUAUUCAUAUA